AUGCUGCUCCUCGCCGGCCUUGUAGGUGAGGCCUUCGCCAGCAAUCUGACCUGGGAGCUGGUGGCUUCGGGCCACGGCUCCACGAGCCAAGUCGCUGCAGCCACCUUGGAGCGGCAGAUGGUGAUCUACGGCGGACAAAGCCAGCUCUGGCGCUUGGACCUCGAGGCCGGAGCCUGGCAGAGCAUCGCAGCCACGGGCAGCGGUCCCAGUGGCUCCAGGUCCUACAUGGCAGGAAGCCGGACGGAUGGAGAGCUCAUCUACUUCGGGGGCAGCAACGAUGCAAGCGUCUUCCGGCUCAACGCUUCAAUGAUUUGGGCGCAAGUGGCCCUCACGGGCCCAAGCCCCACCAACCGCUACCGCCACACUGCCGUGAGGCUCUCUGACGGCAGCCUCCUGAUCUAUGCGGGCUUCACCUUCAGCAGUCAGCCGCUGGGGGAUGUCUGGAAGUUGAUCUUUACUUCGGAGGAUGAGGGCUUUUGGCAGGAGGUCCACACGACCGGCGGGGGUCCGGGGCCACGUUUGGGGCCUGCGGGACUCGAGGGGGCUGAUGGCAGCUUCCUGACCUUCGCAGGCCACGAGGACUGGGGCGAAUUCUUUGAUGACGUUUGGCGGUUGACGAUCAAUGGAACAACUGGAGUCUGGCAGCUUGUGGUGGUCUCUGGCCCGACGCCCGGCGUCAGGACCUUCCCUUCCGCCGUGGCGGUCCCGGGUGGCAUGCUGAUCUACGGGGGCUUCAACGACCAAAUCGGCCAUGCGCUGAAGCAGACGGCUUACAACGACGUUUGGCACAUGGCCAUCAAUGGGAACACGGGAGUCUGGCAGAACUUGGAGCCCGCUGGGUCGAAGCCCGGCGCUGGGUCGCACUCCCAGGCGGCGGUCCUCUGUGGCGUGGGGCUGAUUGUGACCAUCGGCAGCAGCACCCACAAGCUGAACUGGCCAACCGGGUGCCCUCCGGGCUAUGCCUGGCAGGCCGGUCACUGCCUGCAGUGCCCCGAUGGCUUUGAGAGCUUUGGGGGCUGUGACCUUUGCCAAGCUUCGGCAGAGCCUUCGAUGGAGUCUGUCUUGGCCAACCUCUCCACCCCGAGCCUCGAAAUCUCCUUCUGGGAUGAAGAGGUCCACCUGAAGCUUCAGGUCCCCCAGGUCCCUUUGGCCGAAGGGAACCUGACCUGGAGCUUGCAACUCAGUGCCUCCAAGGAGGAGCUCCAGGUGUUUGGCCCACAGUGCCUUAGCUGGGAGACUUUGCAGCCCGAGUCCGAAAGCUCAAAUCUUUCCACCUCGACCUACCAGGCCUUUGCGCCUUUCCCGGAGCUGCUGGCCUGUUUCAAUUCCACGAGGAAUUCCACGAACGCCACCGAUGUCAGCGGCGUCCUCGCGGACUACGACCUGAUUGACAAUGACUGCUGCCUCACUUCGUAUCAUUGGAGAUCGUACCACGACGUUGUGGAUCUUGAGGCAUGCGCAGCCAAAUGCUCGUCAGAGCCCGACUGCCAGAACUUUGUAUUUGACUUUGGGUCGUGUGACCUAUACUGGCCCUCCGCAUGUGAAUAUUGGCCUCCGGCGAUGGUGUGUGGUUCGUGGGGUAACCGCUGGUAUGCUAAGAAGGCCAAGAUUCUGCCCGGCUACGAGCCGCUGGGGCCUUUCACACACUGUGAGACUUUUCCUGGUGGGUGGAUGGAUCGUCAGGAGCAGCCGUGCGACCUCGAGGAGUGCGCUGCCAGGUGCUCCUCUGAGCCGGACUGCCAGUUCUUCUCCAUGGAGGCUCUCCCUUACACAUGUACAUGUACAAGCUUCAACUUCACCGCCGAGGACUGCGGCAGCUGGUCAUAUCUUGCGUUGGCUGCGCAAGCCUAUGUCAAGAAUGCCACGCACACGACAACCACGCCGGCGCCGCGAGAUCCCAACGUCCUGGUGCGAGAUGCAUUCCUGGGCGUGUACCUGCUGGGAUCCGAAUUUGAGACGCUCGCAGAGUGGGCCAUCCCGGCGACCCUCCAGGCUUGCCCAAGCGGUUACAAGUCCGUGGCCGUCGGCUGCCUCCCAAGCCUGGCCCACGCUCUGCCACUGCUUCCGAGCCCCAGCUUCCAGACUUCCCUUCAGGAGAACUCCAUGCUUCGACUGAGCUUCGAGGCUGAUCUUCCGACUGUGGCGGAGAACAUCUCGCCGGGCUUUCGUGCUCGUCUUGGUUCGGACGAGGGUCAAACGGAUUGCAAGGCGUGGAACCAGACCGGGCAAGGUCGAUUCGUCCUGGAGCUGAGCGUCACCGACCUCGACGACUGCAAGUUGAACGUUUCGACCACGGCAGACUACGUGACUUGGAGUGGAGUCGCAACGCUGGCCCUUCUGGGGGACUUCUAUGACAAGCCGGUCGCGUUGUGGAUCUUCCCGGUGACCUUCCGCUUCGACCGCCUCAUACACGCCUUCUCCUCCCUCGAAGCGGCGGGCCGCCGGGAGGUCGUGGCGGAGGAGGAGGUGAUCCACGCCGGAGCCCUGAACACUACGCUGACCCUGUACGAGUCCGAUUUCAGUGCCACGAAGCAGCAGGCCGUCUACUUCGUCUGGGAGCGGGCCUUCGUGGAGCUUGAGCUGAGGUCAGUGUCUGUGGUGGCGAACGUGGACCUGGUGUGGCUCGCGGCAUCCAGCGAUGCCUCAGCGCCGAUGGUCCACAACCUCACGGAUUCCAUGAUCUACCUUCCGGCUUCGCCGUCGAGCCGGCGCUUCAGUGUGCAGCUGGAGGUCUGCGAUGCCUGCUUCCUGCACGUCUUGGCGACCAUCGACUCCAUCGCCGGCCGCCGGCUGAGGGAGAGGCGGCUGAAGGUGCCCCAGAGGCUCUUCGAAAGCUUGCCCAUCGUGGUGAAGGUGCCGAGCUCCACGAGUUCCACGAGCUCCGGGCCCUCCUCGACCAGCUCUUCCAGCCUCGCGGGAUUCUCGGGCUCCUUCGAGCUCACCGUGGCGGAUCCUCAGGCCUUCGUGGAGGCACCUCAGGUCCGGUGGUCGCUGAUGCAGGCCUUGGGUGUCCUGUGGGGCCAGGAACUCGAGGUGCACCUGGCGAUCUUGGACCGCCCAGCUGACCCAGGCACUCGUCGUCUUGCUGGACUGGUUGCCGUUCGCUUCCAUGCGCCCUCGGCCUCGUCAGCAGAGUUGGAAGAGCUGGAGGCACAGGUGAGCGUCCAACUCGAAGAGCCUGGCUUUGCGUCGGACCUCGUGGAGCGGAUGAACCAUGCGCUCGAGGAGCUUCCCAACGCUUCCCAGUACCAGAUCAUGUCCAUUCAGAACCUUGAGGCAGAAGUCACUCUCCCCUCGACCUCUUCAGAGACUUCGGAGCACGCUUCGGAGCCCAGUCCUCCUUCGGGCGUGGGUCUGGAGCUGGUUUUCGGUGCUGUCGCUGCCUGCAUCUUCUUCUUCAUUGUGGGCAUGUGCUGCAUGCACGCCUGCUCAAGGCACCAGAAAGUGCAGCCACAGGCACCUCCUAGCAUCUCGGUGCCUUCCCCUGCGGGCGAAGCUAAAGAGCUGCCUGUGCCUCCAGUGCCAGCAGACCCUCCGGCGGCCCUCCGGAGCCCUUGCGAAUGGGUCGGUCCGAAGUCUGAACCUUGA